AGAAAGGUUUAUAUUGUGUACAUGGGUGUGCUUCCAACUGAGAGUGAAUAUACCCCAAUGUCUCAGCACCGAAAUAUUCUUCAAGAAAUUGUCGAGGGAAGUUCAGUGCAGGACACAUUAGUUCACAGUUAUAAAAGGAGUUUUAAUGGAUUUUCCGCAAAACUCACCGAGAAAGAAGUUCAAAAGCUCUCUGGUAUUGAGGGAAUUGUAUCGAUCUUUCCUAAUCGAAUCUUUCAACUUCAAACUACUAGGUCUUGGGAUUUUAUAGGACUUCCUCAUAAUGUGAAACGAAUGCCUAAUGUUGAAAGUGAUACCAUAGUUGGUGUCAUCGAUACUGGGAUCUGGCCAGAAUCGGCUAGUUUCUCUGACAAUGGCUUUGGUCCUCCUCCUAAGAAAUGGAAGGGUGUCUGUGAUGGUGGUCAUAAUUUUACCUGCAACAACAAGCUCAUUGGGGCUCGAUAUUAUGAGGGCUUAGGAUCUGCUAGGGACACAAAAGGCCAUGGUACUCACACUGCAUCAACUGCAGCGGGCAACAUAGUUAAGGGUGCUAGCUUCUUCGAAAUUGCAAAAGGCAAUGCCAGGGGAGCAGUUCCUUCGGCCAGGAUCGCAGCUUACAAAGUCUGUGGCUCUGAUGGUUGUCCAUCAGAUGCAAUCUUGGCUGGAUUUGAUGAUGCAAUUGCCGAUGGCGUGGACAUUAUCUCUGUGUCACUGAGUAAUUCUUAUCCAUCUGGAUUUAAUACAGAUCCUAUUGCCAUCGGGUCUUUUCAUGCUGUGAAGAAAGGCAUACUCACUUCACAGUCAGCCGGUAACAACGGACCUGCAUCACAAACAGUGACCAGUAAUGCACCUUGGUUAUUAACUGUGGCAGCAAGUAGUACUGAUCGACGUCUCAUGGACAAAAUUAUCUUUGGAAAUGGAAUGGUGUUUCAGGGUCUUGGAGUGAACAGUUUCAACCUGAAUGGAACUGAAGUUCCGCUUCUGUAUGGGGAUAAUGUCUCAACCCAAUGUGACCUUUUAGCAGCAAAGGGAUGCCAGGUUGGUUGUUUGGACAAAGGCUUGGUUAGGGGGAAUAUUGUCAUAUGUGAUUCCACAGCCAGCGCAGUAUCUGAGACUUUUACAUCCGGAGUUCUUGGAACCAUCAUGAUUACGGAUCCCUUAGAACCACGGUUUGAUGAUUCCAAGGUUUAUCCAUUGCCAGCUGUACUAAUAAACACUACUAGUGGUGACCUUGUCAGGUCUUACUUCAAGUCUACCCUGAAUCCUGUUGCAUCAAUUUUGCCAACUGAAUCCAUAAAAGAUUCUGAAGCUCCAGUAGUAGUUUCGUUUUCUUCUCGCGGACCAAAUUUAAUCUCACCCGACAUUGUCAAGCCAGAUAUUAGUGCACCAGGAGUUGAUAUUUUGGCUGCUUUCUCACCUGUGGCUAGUCCUUCGAGGAUUGAUGGUGAUACUAGGUCAGUGAAGUACAGUAUACUCUCUGGGACAUCCAUGUCGUGCCCUCAUGCAACAGGAGCAGCAGCUUAUGUUAAAACAUACCAUCCAGAUUGGUCUCCUUCAGCCAUAAAGUCUGCUCUUAUGACCACAGCUUUGGCGAUGAACAACACAAAGAAUUCUGAUGCUGAGUUUGCUUAUGGGUCUGGUCAAAUUGAUCCGGUGAAGGCUGUAAAUCCUGGUCUCAUUUAUGACGCAAGUGCAGAUGAUUACGUCCAAUUUUUAUGUGGUCUGGGUUACGACUCUUCCGUAGUUAAACUCAUAACAAACGGUACUUGCCCCAUCAGCAAAGGAACCACAACUGAUGACCAACAACCUAGGAAUCUGAAUUAUCCUUCAUUUGGUGCUCUUGUCCAAGUGGGAAAAAAGAUGAACGUGAAUUUUACAAGAACCGUGACCAACGUUGGCACCACCACACCGACAACGUACAAGGCGAAGAUUACUACAUCGAAUGAUAAGAUUACGGUGACAGUGGAACCUAAAGUCCUUUCUUUCAGCUCAUUGAACGAGAAAAAGUCGUUUGUUGUAAAUGUUAUUGGACAUGGAUUGGCGGGUUCAUAUGAAACGGCAACUGCAUCACUGGUGUGGUCUGAUGAGGUUCACAUUGUGAGAAGUCCAAUUGUUGUUUAUACUCUCUAAGUAGAGGCUCCAACUGAUUUAAACUUUUAGAUUGUCACAGAUGAUAUGUUUAGCUAUAUUUAUGUGAGCAAAUUCUAUG